AUGCUGGUGCACGCUUACUCCGCCAUGGAGCGCCCCGACGGGCUGGGCGCAGCGGCUGGCGGGACCCGCCUGUCGUCUCUGUCCCAGGCGGCUUAUGGACCCGCGCCGCCACUGUGCCACACGCCCGCCGCCUCUGCAGCCGCGGACUUUCAGCCUCCUUACUUCCCGCCACCCUACCCGCAGCCGCCGCUGCCCUACGGCCAGGGCCCCGACGCCACCGCCGCCUUUCCGCACCUGGCAGCGGACCCUUACGGCGGUCUAGCACCCCUGGCACAGCCGCAGCCCCCGCAGGCUGCCUGGGCCGCUCCCCGCACUGCCACCCGCGCCCACGACGAGCAGCCCGGCUUGCUGGCGCCACCCGCCCGCGCCCUGGGCCUCGACCCGCGCCGGGACUAUGCUGCUGCGGUACCCCGACUCCUGCACAGCCUCGCCGACGGCGCGCACGGCCUGGCAGAUGCUCCCCUUGGUCUUCCUGGACUAGCGGCGCCCCCCGGCCUGGAGGAACUGCAGGCGAUAGACGACCCGGGAAUGAGCCUCCUGGACCAAUCCGUGAUCAAGAAAGUCCCCAUUCCCUCCAAAGCCGGCAGCCUCUCCGCCCUCUCCCUGGCCAAAGACAGCCUGGUUGGCGGCAUCAGCAACCCCAGUGAGGUCUUCUGCUCCGUGCCUGGCCGGCUGUCGUUGCUCAGCUCAACAUCCAAGUACAAGGUGACCGUGGGGGAGGUGCAGCGGCGACUCUCACCUCCAGAGUGCCUCAACGCCUCCCUCCUGGGGGGUGUCCUCCGAAGGGCCAAGUCCAAGAAUGGGGGCCGGUGUCUGCGGGAGCGACUGGAGAAGAUCGGGCUCAACCUGCCAGCUGGCCGUCGGAAGGCAGCUAACGUGACUCUGCUGACCUCCCUGGUGGAAGGAGAAGCUGUACACCUGGCCCGGGACUUUGGUUAUGUCUGUGAGACGGAGUUUCCAGCCAAGGCAGCCGCUGAGUACCUAUGCCGACAGCACGCUGACCCUGGGGAACUGCACAGCCGCAAGAGCAUGCUGCUGGCUGCCAAGCAGAUCUGCAAGGAGUUUGCAGACUUGAUGGCUCAGGACCGCUCCCCGCUGGGCAACAGUCGCCCAGCGCUCAUCCUGGACCCUGGGGUACAGAGCUGUCUGACACACUUCAGUCUCAUCACUCAUGGCUUCGGGGGGCCUGCCAUCUGUGCUGCCCUCACGGCCUUCCAGAACUACCUGCUGGAGUCUCUCAAAGGACUGGACAAGAUGUUUCUAAGCAGCACAGGCAGCGGGCAUGGAGAAACCAAGGCUUCAGAGAAGGAUGCCAAGCAUCGGAAGUAACCGUCUCUUGUUCUGUAGUGAAGUGACUCCUGAUGCCUGAGACAAGGCCUUGGCUGCUACAGGGGCCCUGAAAAGACUAACAGGCGGAAUUCCAUGCAGGCUAGAGAGAGAACUUUUAUCCAGAAGCCUGGUUGGGUCAGGGAAGUUUUCUGGUAAGGCUAUGACAGGAAACUCAUGGAAAAGUCUGCUUCAGGGGGCAGAACCCUUCCCACUGCAAUGCCUGGGCAGCAGUGGGUGCCCCAAGGGGAUGCCAUUAACAAAUCUGAGGUGCUACUGAGGAGUUAGUGACCCCCACUCCAGAAUCCCCUAGCCCCAGAGAAUGGGGAAUAGCAGGAGGUCCCAGUGGGCUCUUUGGAUCCUUCCUGCUUUUAGGGAGGAGUGGGCAGGAGAGGCCCCUGAGGAACAAAGAUGGUACAGCAUAAAUCACAGAACUUGAACCCAGGCUGCACACCACAGACCUGCUGUCUGUCCUAUUUAUUUAUGUACAAUGUAAUUAAAUUUGAAAACUUGAAAUUGUCCAGCACGAGAUAUUUAUCCUAAUGAGUUGAAGGUUCAUUUUACUGACUUCUGCUCAUGUCCCAAUGUGUCCACCUGGGCAGUGAUGGAGGGUGUUUGCUCACGAAGGGCUCUGAGUAAGUGAAGAGAGGUAGUUAGACAACAGUAGGUUCUUCUGAACGUGAUGGCUGGAGUCCACACGCCUUGUCACAUCGCCGUGCUGUUUGUGUGUGUGUCAAGUGAAAGUGGUUCACAUACUAUGUACUGUACUUGCUGGGCCUAUUUGGUCUAUGCAGGGUGUUGCCAUGGUUGUAGGUAGACAGUCUGUGCUAGCGUGAAUACAGAUGACUGCCUGAAUGGGGCAAACGCCGACUCAGCUCUCAUCUGAAGGAUUUCACUCUUCAGACAUCUUUCCUGAUUAGUCUUUCCCUCUACUUAAUCUUCUAGACCGUACCUAAAGCACGCAUAUUCUAGGAUUCACCUUACAAAACACAAAUCCUCCUUAUUUCUUUCGCAAUUAAAGUCUUUGGAAGACACCUCUCCUCUGUUUCCUUACUUCCAACUCCCAACUCAC